CAAGAACUCAGCAACUGUCUGAACGUCGGUCAGGCUCGACGUCACGCAGUAUCUCAUCUCCUUGAUGUGGGAGAGGCUGCGCGACUCUUGAUCGUUCACUCACUCACAGCACUGACCACAUCAAACAGCAUCGCGGAUGAGCAACGAGAGUGAGUCGUCCCUCACAGAGGAAGACGCGUGCCCAUUCUACUCCUCGCCACCAAGACUAACUCAAUACUCAACGCCUCCGAUGGAUGAUGUUGCUUCCAAAUCUGAGCCUGCAGCUCCCCCAGACGGACAGCAAACACCCAAACGCCCCAGGCACAAACGCGUAAACUCUGACGAUACGGAACGACCAGCCUCAGCACAGCGUGGCAGUGACGACUCUGAAGAACAUCCAGACGUCGAGGCAGAACAAGAGGCUUCUGAUGAGGAAGACGCCGACCCUGCAGUGCAGAUUGCCAACUUUGACUGGGGCGACUUGCAUCAGAGGUAUCACGAGGCUAUCAAUCAAUGCAGCCAAGAAGAAGCUGGCUCGAUGGGAGAAUGGAACAGUCUGAUGGAGUACUUCCGUAUCUGGGCAAACUCUGGACAUGAGCACGAGACAGACCGAACGUUCCAAAGGCUACAAACGAGAACGAUCUAUGUCCAGAACGAGGAGGACGAACUGGAGAACAAGAGGAACCAUUACAUCAACGUGGUGAGAGCCUUCGAGAGUGCGCUCAACCUCCUCAAAGCCAAUGGCAUGUUCCGUGGUUGAUGCUCGUCAGGAGCCGCAUAUCUCAGUCAUCACCCACCCCGUGUCCCAGCUACAUAUCCAGCCAAGUAUGCGGACAUAUCAUCCAAUACACAGCAUCCUUGCGCCCCAUCGAGGGCGCUGUCCUGCACGUUCUUAUGAUCGCAUCGAUAUCCAUGUAUCACAUCUAUGCGUAGUCGCCACUUCGCAACGCUCGAUCUACGCGCUAUGCAUAUGUUCUGAAG